UGGUAGAAUCAGGGAAGAUAAGAGGAAAUGCAGUAAAAGGCAUUUUCUAUUGGAAAAUCUCCAAAUAUUGGAUCCAUUUCCCCCCAUCAUCUCCUUUUUCUCUUUUGUCCAACUCAAAACAGGGCAGCGCUAGCAAAAGCUAGUCUUUGGACUCCGUUUCAAUUUGCUCAAGCAGUCCUUCCUCCAUAUCCGCACUCCCAAACUAAACGGACCAUCGCCGGCAAUGAGAAAGCCGAGAUGCCGUCCCUCCAUCCCUUCCUCUCGUCCAUUGCCAAGCGCCAAACCCUAACCCUAAGCAUCUCCGCCGCGCUCCUCCGCUCCUUCUCCUACUCGGCGAAACCCUCCGCUGCCGCCGGCGAAACCCGCGUCUCCCUCUACUUCCGUCGCGCCCGCCUCAUCGACACGCUCCGCCUCCGCCUCCGCCUCCGCUCCCACGAUCCCUCCGCCCCUUCCCCCUCCCCCUCCUCCCCCGCCCUCGACCCCUUUGUCGCUGCCAAUGCCCUCCGUGCCGCCCCCUCCCCGGCCCACGCCCUCGCCCUUUUCCACUCCUUCCUCUCCCACCCCGCCGUCGCCCGUCGCCCCGCGCCCGCUCUCCACGCCCUCGCCAAGCGCCUCGCUCUCGCCCGCCGCCUCCCGGACCUCCAUCAACUCCUCGCCGACCUAGAUGCUGGCGUCUUCCCCUCCGCCCUCCCCCCUUCCCCCAUGGACCGCCUCCGCUGGCUCGCUGCUGCCGGCGACCUCCCCUCGGCUCUCCACGCCUGGGCCUCCCUUCGAUCCUCCGCCUCCUCCUCCGGCCGCCGUGGCCGAAGCCACCCCUGCACCGAAGCCUACAACCUCAUCAUGAACCUCUACGCCUCCACCUGCGACCACUCCGCCGCCGUUGCCACCUUCAACCAGAUGAUCCAGGAAGGUGCGAAUCCCAACUCUCGGACAUACACCAUCAUCAUAGACCACCUCAUUCGAUCCGGAAACCUCGAUCAUGCCAUUGAAGUCUUCCAUCUACUCCCUUCCAUGAGGAUUCGCCGAACAUCAAAACAGUACAAUGUGCUUGCCGAGGCCCUCUCGUCAUCUGGCCGGUUCGUUGACCUGGAAAAGCUAAUCAAAGCAAUGAAUUCUGAUGGAAUUCUCCCGGGGCGAUCGAUGAGGGAGGCGAUAUCAAGAAUGAGGGAGGCUGGGCACACUACAGGGACCGAGGAGUUCGUGAAGAUAUUAUUCCCUGAUGCUCGAAUUGGGAUCGCUGUCGAGGAAGAAGAGAGCGAGGAGGAGACGGACGAGGAGCCGGAUAAAGAGGAAGACAGCGACGAUAAUCCCAAGAAUGACGGCAGUGAUCAGGUCAAAUUGAAGCCAUGGCUGGACCCAAUCGCUCUGGCCAAAGCUUUGGAGGACUGGGAUCCGGCAGAGGUAUCUGAAUUGGAGGCGGCGAAGCUUGUGUGGACCUCCCGGCUGGUGUGCAAGCUACUGAGGGCCUUCAAGAAGGCCGAGACGGCGUGGGAGUUCUUCUGCUGGGUGGCAUACCAACCUGGAGGGUUCGCCCAUGACCGCGACACAGUUGCGAGAAUGAUUGCCAUCCUCGCUCGAAACGGGCAUGUUGAAUUGGUCGAACGCCUUCUCUCCAAGGUCAAGUCCGAGGGGAUUCUGCUCCCCUUUGACACUGUUCGAUUGGUUGUCGACUUCUACGGUCUCUCGAAGAAAGCUGAUGCCGCCGUGAAGGUCUUUCGCGAUGCCAAUUCGAUAUGCGGCUCGCUGUCGGAAUCUAACCGCUUGCUGUUAUGUUCUUCUUUGCUGCGGACGAUGGCUAAGUGUAGGAGGAGAAAUGAGGCUAUGGAGCUGUUGGAAGAGAUGAUGUUAGAGGGAGUGCUUCCGGAUAUACAAACAUUUACGGGUUUGAUGCAGUAUUUCGCCGGCAAUGGGGAUUUGAAGAGCGUCCAUAGGCUGUUUGGGAUGGUGAGGCAGUGCAGACUCGAGCCGGAUUCUUAUAUGUAUCGGGUGUUGAUUCGGGCGUACUGCAAGCAGGAGAGGGCGGCGCUUGCGCUGAGGAUGUUCGAGGAAAUGAGGAGCUCGCGUAUGUUGCCGGAUGGUCAUACCAAAGCUUUGCUUGUCAAGAGCUUGUGGAAGGAAGGGAAGCUUCGGGAGGCGGCAUUGGUGGAGGAGAGGUGCGAGGAGGUUCAAACAGGACUUCCAUCGGCAUCGCCGGGUCAUGUUUGGACCGUGAGUGCAGUAGAUUUUGAGCGGAUAUAUGAUAUUUAUUCUGGUUGUUUUGCGAAGAGAGAUGGGUAGGCCUGAAGACCUCAUUAUGUUUGUAUCGGUGCCUUUUCUUGAAGUGGAAAUGUUAAGUUUGGGAAGAUUAGCAGUAAGUUUAUCGAGCAGUAAUUCCUAGCAAGAUCACACAAGCAGUUACAGUAUGAUAACUUUCCUUCGGGAUCUUCGCAGAACAGAAGAUAUAGAAGAAGGAAGGUGCACUGAAGAUAUACCACCAGCUCAAGAGAACUAGCGUUGGUUGGAGAGGGAGUACGCAUCAGACCCAUGGAAUGCUAAAUAACUGAUUUUAACUUGUUUCGUAAAACAUACUAUGCUAGAUUUAUCCAUGAUAUGCCCUUGUGGACUAGUGAAAGGUUGGAAGGAAGUGGUAAUUCC